AGAAUGGAAAUAUUGUCUAGGGACAUAAAUAUGAUAAAGAAAGUCUAUCAACACAUCGGGAACUUGCAUCAUUUCCUACUUAUGUGGUGGAUUUUCUCUAUAAUAAACAGCUCAUAAUUUUGGUGGCAUUUCCGCAUAGAUUGUUCUACAAUGGCCAACACAGCCCAAGACGUCAUAAAAUGUUUGCUGUGUCGUGGAGGGGUGAGACGGUACUGUAUCGUUUGCAAAAGGGCUUUAUGCGAAAAUUGCGAAGAAAAACACAUAAGAGAAAAUGGAGAACACUUUGUUACAGAUUAUUCUAGUAGGAAUGAUGUUGCUGAAAAAACGGAAGGAGAAUGUUGGGUUCCACCUAUCUUAGAUACAGGCGCCUCAAACGUUAACAAUGGUAUCUCAUAUGCCUCACCCAGCGACAAGAACUAUGCACAAAACUACGGUUAUGAUCAUCAAAAUGAAUUUAGUACAGUGGUAAUGGAUAGUUUGAUUUUGCGCAAAAAGCAAUUUCAAGAACACAAAACAGGCAUCGAAGAUCCAAAUGAAGACUACAGAAAGUCAGCCCCAAAUUCCUCCCAGAAGAGUGAAAAAACAAAAACUUCUUACAGGGAUCUUGAGCUGAAAAUUAAAAUGCUUUCAAAAUUUCAUUGUACAACCAAAGAGGAAACAAAUGUCUAUGUAUAUUGUGACUCUAUCCUGAAUGCUGAUGUAGAUGUUAUAGUGAAUGCUGCAAGUGAAGAUUUAGGUCAUCGCGCAGGCGUGGCAGCAGUUAUAGCAAAAGCUGCAGGUCAAACACUAACUGAGGAAUCAAAAGCAUAUAUCGCAAAAUAUGGAAAGUUGAAAGUUACUCAGGUAGCCAUGACAUCAGCCGGCAAUCUAGACUUCCAGUUAGUUUUGCAUGUUAUUGGGCCAAGAUGGAAGAAGUACCCGAACAAAAUGGACUGCCUUUCUGAUUUAAAGCAGACAAUCUUAAAUGCCCUCGAAAUGGCUCAAAGAAAGAGAGCAACGUCUAUUGCCUUUCCAGCCAUUAGUGCAGGUGGAUUCGAAGUACCAAAAGAACUGACUGCUGAGGUAUACGCUGUUUCUGUUCACGAAUUUAGUAAAGAUAAUGGAUUGAAGAGCUCGAUUCGGGAUAUACAUUUUGUUGAUAUAGACCCUGUCAUGGUACAAAACAUAAGGGAAGCUUUUGAAAACUUCGAAAAAAGUAAAACUUUGAUUAACAUAGCCACAAUAAAGCAAAAGUAUCCACAUAUUCAGUGGACUACUCCAUCAAGCUCAGAGAGAACUCCGGAACUUAAAAAAUUCAGUAUGGAUGUUCCGAAGGGAAUGGCAAAAUACGCAAACACUGAUCUCCUCGAGGUAAAUAGAUCUAGACCAUUCAUCUCAAGAGAAAGUGGAAUACCUAGUGUAAAGCUGAUCAGAAUUCCAGACGCAACACAAGGCCACGUUCCCGUGAAUGGUUUUCAGUUUAGUAAUGGAUUAAUUGUCAAGAUUUACACUGGAAGUAUUUUGAAGUUCCAUGGAGAUGCUAUCGUAAUAAGCGCUGACAGUUUUUUAUCAGGUGCUGGGUAUUUGGCAGAGGCAGUCAGAAAGGCUAGCGGUUUAGAAUAUGAAAACGACUUUCAAAGUAUGAAAAGAGGAAAACGUACGGCAAAAUUAGGUGAUGUAUUCCAAUGCAGGGGAGGAGCACUUGGAGCUAAAUAUGUGAUGCAUUUGGUUCUUAAUCAGUUAUCCUCUACACAGGACCGCACUUUGGAAGAGUACAAGUCUUGUCUUAGGAAUUUGAUUGAUGAGAUAAAUUUUCGGUCCUGGAAAAAAGUUGCCAUUCCGCUCAUUGGAGCAGGUUUUAUUGAAAAGGAAAUGUCUGAUCUCCAAAAAUGUUGCCAGGCCUGGUUCUCCAUUUUUUCAAAAUUUGCUUUCGAAAGAGAACAUACCUGCAGUAUUGAAGAGAUACAUCUUGUCAACCAUAACACGAAAAUUACAUCUUCCCUCAUUGAUGCUUUUGAAAAUAAUAUCCGUAUUGAUGUUUGCAAAUCUGCGCAUGCGUCGCACUUCAGGAGCAACUCGGGAAAUGUUAACAAAAGAAGUAACAUGGCGGAGUCUGAGAGGACAUAUAACCAUUUAUCUGAAGAUUUCAGCUCGCAAAGAGCAAGGACUUGGGAUCAGCUGAGGCAAUCAGGGGAACCACCCUUGACACUCAAAGAACACAGACAUAAUAGUGUUAAAGGAAACCAACCUGAAAACGGAACAAUGAAAUGUAAAAUUGAGAAGUUUUCCUCUUUGCCAGGAUACGAAAAUCAUGGAAUUAUAAUAAUAACGUACCAUUUUCCAGAUGGAAUUCAAGGGCCUGAACACCCCCACCCAGGGCUGCCUUAUGAGGGAACAGAGAGAAAAGCUUAUCUUCCAGACAACACAGAAGGACAAACAGUCUUGAGACUCCUACAAAAGGCGUUCGACCGACGGCUCACCUUUACCAUUGGGUCUUCUUUAACCACAGGAAGGGACAAUGUCAUCAUCUGGAAUGGCAUCCAGCAUAAAACCCAACGAAACAAAGGAGCUCUAGCGCAUGGAUAUCCAGAUCCCACUUAUCUAAAGCAGGUACAAUUAGAACUGGCAGCGAAAGGAGUGACCGAAUGAAGGUUGUUAUAUAUAAAACAUAGUCUGUUAUGUGGAUAAAU